AUGUCGAUAUUUUCCCGCUUCUUAGUCCAAAAUCUUCGCAAUCGUAUUUCAAGCCCUUCAACAAUAACCUCCUUUUUCUGCUCAUACAAGGACGAUUGA